GCAACAGCAGCAGCAGCCGCUUCAAUAUAGUGUGACCGUAUUACAGAAUUGUAGCACGUAAUUCAUGCCGCUAGCCGCCGAGCGCAGAGUUGAGCCGAGCAGUUGCCAGGAUACGGAAUCGGUAACGCUUGGAGCCGCCUUCCAGGCAGCGCCAUCGAAGCAGAAAGCGACAGCGACAGCAGCAGCAGCUGGAGCAGCUGAAGUGGGAGAUCGAAACGACACACAGGAUAUAUUAAUGAUGAUGAUGGGGCCAUGAGCCCAUCAUUUGUCGCAUUGAAUUGGAGUCGCAAGCGCGUCUCAAGCGGGCCUGCACCAUGCUAGCACCGCCGAACCCGAGGUCAAUAUGCGGCCAGGACCCGGGCUGGUCGUGAUGGCGCUUGCGUUUAUUUCGGGGGCUCGGCGUGCCAGCACCACCAACAUCAACACCAACACCAACACCAUCAGCAGCAGCACACCGGCAAUAACAACGACAACAACAACAAGAACAAGAACAACAUUACCGUCCAGCUACGAUUCGGCCACCAGUGGCAGCAGAGCUGGUGGUGGUGGUGGCGGCUUCUCAUUUCUGCUGUCAACAUUGGGCGACGGUAGUCCCGGUUACGUUGCCCCCGCCCGUGAUUCGUUUGAGCUCAACUUUGACUUCUAUCCGCACAGCCGAGUGCCAGACGAACAGUUGCCAGCUUUCUCGACGCGACACGCUCGCAGUCUCGAAGCAGGCAGCAGCAGCAGCAGCAGUCGAGGGACGAGCGACGAGGCGCGAGGGAGAGUAGUCGGCGCUGGGACAGAGUCAGCGGCGGGGGCGCCCGAAUCCAGCGAGGCGACGCUCAUCAGCGAGAACGAGAACGAGGAGACAGAGACGGAUCGCGAGGAGCGACAGCAGCAGCUGGACGAACAGGAGCAAGAACAGGAGCAGGACGAUAACAGGGGACUGCCCGUGCAAUACGCCUCAUCGCGUGCCGCAUUCGACGAGGAUUUGGAGGCGGACACAGACGCUGUCGCAGACGAGGACAUCUUUGCGCUCGUCGCCGAGGACGAUCUGCUGUCGGAGGAGUCAUUCGAUCGAUUGAUAAAGCUCAGCGAGGACGCUGAUAACGCAGCAGCCGCCGCCGUCGAGGAGGACGAGGAUUACAAUCUGGCUGCGAGUCUCGCCUUGACACGGCAACAGCAGCAGCGGGAACACGAACCGGAGCCGGAGCAACAGGACGAGAGUCGACUGAUCGAUGAGAGUCUGCUGCAUGCGAAACACAUCGAGAACGAACGGGAGACAGCCGACAGCAACAACAAUAAGCGCGAGACGAGAGAGCAGCAGGAGGAUCGGGCGCAGAAGCAGGAGGAGAUCAGAGUUAACGACGCCUAUGCGUCGCAUCUAAUCGCUAUUGCCCAGAGGGACGGUGGCACAUUGCCAUCUGCCCUUGCAACAGCAGCAGCAACAACUGCAAGUGGCAGCAGCAACGUAGCAGCGCCUGUGGUGGAUCUCAGGAAAUCCAUACUAGGCACUGCAACAGCCCUAACACGCCUUAAUCCUUGGAUAUCAGCUUGUGAUCUGGCACAGCCGGGCAUUACCGGCACCGAUCUGCAGGGUCAGUGCUCGGCUGGCACACUGCCCAUGGCCUGGGUCGAUGAGGGACCUGGCCCGCCAAUCUGUCCGCGUUCCUGUGCCGAGCAGCAGCCGACGGAUAGCAGCGCUGAGGCGCGCACCGAUAAUAAACUCAAGUAUUUCAUAAAUGCAAAUACGAUUAACUAUAAGUCGCCGCAUACGCGUUUAAGCCACAGCAACAGCAACAGCAACAAUAACUAUAAGGCCAUGUCUAGAGUGCGACGCGAUAGGCAAUGGGAGAUGCAAGAUGUUGUUGCCAAUGCACCAACGGAGCCUGCAGUAGCAGCAGCAGCAGCAGCAGCAACAACCGAGCAGGAUGGCCUGCCCGAGUCUUCCACGCUGUCAGCCACGGCCAGCAGCAAUGAUGUGGAUGAGCUGGAGGAUCAGUCAAUGCCAACGUUGCUCUACAGUCAUCUGCAGACACAAGAGCAACAUAGUGCCAACGAACAACAGCAACAGCAACAGCAACAGAAACAGCAACAACCACCACAGCAGCAACAACAACAGUGCCUUGAUUACCUGGGCGAUGCGGCCGAGACGAGUCCACAGCAUUUGUGCGGCCUGCGGUCGCCUGGACAGCUGCUGGCGCGUUUGCGCACACUGCGCCUGCGCCAUUGCUGUGAGCGUAGCGUGUUCAGUGCGUUGCACACACUGGCGCUGAAUGCAACACUCUCCGAUCGCAAUGACUGCAUUCGCCUGCUCAGCGAUCUGCUCGAUGUGGAUGCGCUGGCAAAUCGCAUCACCUGCGAACUGGCCGAGAUACUCUUUCGCUUCGAUUGCCGACAGGUGUAUUCGCUGGUCAAUCAGUGCGAUGACUGCAAGGAAGCUUAUCGCCGCUGGGUCUGCAGCACACUGGUGCCGUAUUAUGCCGAGCCCCAGGAUGUUGAUGCAACGCCAGCCGAUGACCUCGCCGCACGAGGGGCAGCCUCUGCUCCAAAGCCAGCAGCGGCCGCUAGCAAAACUGUUGGUGGCACGGCUGAUGGUACGGGUGGCAUCAAGCAUAAAUCUCAGAAAUUAAUCAGCAAUAACAAUAAAUCAAAUAACGGCAAUAACAUGAACGAGCGCCAGAUUAAUCAACAGCAUGACGAGAACAAUGUGCCCCACCACAAUGAGCCACAAAACAAAAAUCCAAAUGCCAGUGCGAAUCGGAAUGUUGCGAAUGUGGCUCAGGCGUUCUACGAUGCCGUUGGCAUUGGCCAGCAUCAAUCCCCAAUCCAAACGCAAAACCAAUUCCACUCUCAAUUCCAUGUGAAUGCCCAACCCCACAGCAGCAACAGCAACAGCAACAGAAAUAACAACAGCAGAGGAGCAAGUGCCCAGCAACAAUUCAAUAAUUUCAUAUCGACUGCCAAUAAUGCGGAUCCCAGCGCAGCGGAUCCAGUGAUAUCAAAACUACAAAAGAGAUCAACACGCAAGGCAGAGUUCCGUAAGCGCCGACGCAUUCGACCCUGCCUGAGUGUGUGCCAAACAGUGGAACAAAAGUGCCCCUAUCUGCUGCCCGCCGAUCGCGCCCCAGCGCUGCCCACCCAAUAUGCCGGCGAGCCGACAUUUGUAUGCCUAGAUCAAAACAUACCCGAGACCGGCGAGCAGCUGAAGAAGUCCAGCUAUGGCCCCAAUGACUGCUGCUACAGUUACUGCAAUGGCCCCAUUGACGGCAUCUGCACCAUCUGCCAAGAGUUUGCAACCACAGCCGCGGGCAACAGCAGCAGCAACAACAGCAGCUCGACUGGUCGCCGGGUGCACAACAUAACGCUGACAAUGAGCUCGCCGCCGGGGGAACAUGCGCGUGCUGCCAGCGUGUCGGUGGCGCUGCGGAACGUCAGCCAAGCGUUGACGGCCGGGGCCGAGUUGUUGGAGCGUCUGCCAUAUUAUGCGCGCCACGACAGCGUCUACUACUACGACGAUGAUGAGGGCAGCGAUAUGCCGGAAUUGGCGCUGUCUGGCGGCUGUGCGCCGGUGCCAUCGGUGAGCACACGCUGUGAGAUACCAUAUUUUGCGUCCGGUGUGGCGCCGUCGCCGCCAACGCAGCUGCUCGUCUUUCUGAGCGCCCUGCUCGGUCUGUUGAGCAGCUGUGGGGCGGCGCGACAGCGCUGCGGGCGCACCCGCAACACAACUGCCCGUGUCGAUUGUCCGGCCAGCUGCCACGAACUGUUGGCCAGCUCGAGUUCGAGUCCGCGUCCGAAUCCGAGUUCAAGUCAGAGUCAUCGAGCGCAACAAGGCGCCGACAGCUGGCGAGACAGCAGCGGCAGCGGAAGUGGAAGCGGAAACGGAAUUGCAAGCUACACUGCCAGCCAGCGACCGGAACAGGAACAGGACAGAGCGUGGGCAUGGGCAUGGGCGUGGGCGUUGGCGUGGGCAUGGCUAUGGGCGUGGCCAUUGAAUACGUUUAGGAAAGUGCGAUACUUUUGGAACAGCAGCAGUCGCAGUAAAUUAAAAUGCAAGCGAGAUACGAUGAUGAUGAUGCGAAGGUGGUCUAAAGAUCGUUGUCGCUGUCGUAUAAUUAACUAUAGAGACUUACAGCAACUACAAAUACGAAUCAAGUGCAGCGAUAGGAAUAGGAAUGCUAGAAACUAUCGUUACUUCUACUACUACAACUACAACAUAAACGAUUGGUGGCGAAGAUGGAAGUGGCUCGUUGGCAGUGCGGCAACCAUCAUCUCAAAUGGCGCCUUAUAG